AUGGGUAUAAUUGAUAAUGAUAAAAAAGAUAUAUCAUCUAGCACGAAUUCAAAAAAACGAAGCAAGAAAAAUAGAAAGAAGAACCAAAAUAAAAAGCAUGUGGACAAGAAUAAAGUGAAUAACGGCAAAAAUACUGCGCAAUAUCUCGAAAGUGAUGUUGAGGACAAAACUAAAAAUAACCAGAGUUUAAAUAAUAAAAUAGGUGAAAGUUUUCAAGCGGAUAGAAAUUUUAAUGAAGAUAACGUUGAAAAUGAUGAAGAUAAUGAAGGUUGGGUUCUGAAUAAAAAAGAUGAGAUGAAACAGAAGAGGGAAGAGAAGAAGAAAAUGGAAGAGGAGGAAAAAUUAAAAUGGCUUAACAAAUUGAAAGGAAAGGAUAUUGCAGAUAAAAUUUCAUUUUCAUUUAAUAAUAUUAAGAAAAUGAACUAUAAGGAAUAUUAUGAUGCCGAGAAGAAGAAGAAGAAUAAUUUGAACAAUGAAAGUAUGAUUGAAAAUAAAAUAAAAAUAACUGAGGAUUUGGAAAAAAUAGACAACUCAAAGGAAAUUAAAGAUAGAAAACUAUUUGUAAAUCCAGCAAUCAGUUUCAAGUCAAUUCUUGAUAAAAAGGAUUCGAGAAAUGUAUUGUGUGAGAAUAGUAAAUUGAAGGAGGGAAAUGAAGAAGACAAAUGCGAAAAGGAAGAUAAAUCUAAAAAUGAUGAAAAGAAGGACAAGGCUCUUGUUUCUUCAAAUAAAAUUGCCAAUUCAUCAAAAUUUUCUCCUUUUACUCCAAUUAACUAUUUAGAGGAAGAUGCAUUAAAUGAAAGAUACAUGAGAUUUAUUUCAAGCAAUGAAGAUCCUAGAAAGAUUAUUCCUUCUCUGGACCUUGGAGUUAUUGUUUAUGAACUUAAUAAACGUUUUAAGCACCUUCAAAAAAUCAGAAUGAAGAAUAACUUUAGAGAUAAAAAUGUUAAUUUGACUUUUGGAGAAUUUCAAGGUACUGAUUUAAUAUCAGCAGAAAAUUUUCCCUUCUCAAAUUUACUUAGAAUAAAUUUUAUACUGAAGUUUUUAUCCCCUGUUUGGUCAGUCAGAGAUCAACUCUGGCUUAUUUUUCAAGGUUGCCAAUAG